CCCGCGACUUCGUCCGCGUAACGGGGAUAAAAAUUAACCUAUGUCUUUCUCCAUUCCAUAUAAUACUUGUGUACUAAAUUUCAUAUUAAUUAGUUAAGCAAUUAAGUCACCAGAGGUAAUAAACAAACAAAUUAUUUUUUUUUUGUCUCCACCAAUUUACAAUUUUUAUCAGACAUUUAAAGGUUGCCUGGAAGACAUCCCUUUUGUGAGAUAAGUCUGCCAUUGUAGUUAUUCUUUUUGUAAGAACUCUGUAUCCUAUAAUUAUGACUUUAUUGUAAGGUACCUGAGGUAAAUAAGGCCCAGGGGGUAAUAAAGCCCACAUUUAAAAUUUUGCGGAAAAACAUUUCUAUGACACUUCACAGUUUACGCACACGUGCAAAAUGUCGGUGUGAAUGUUUCCGUAUUGGUCCGCAGUCGCUAGCGCCGCCAUCUUGCCAGUCACGUGCGAUGCGUUGAUGAAAUGGUCGGCUACUGUGCAAUUUUAUAAUUUUUAUAACAAGAAACUAUUUUGAUUAAAAUGCCUCCAAAGAGAGCUCAGUGGACAGAAGAGAAUUUACGGGCCGCUUUGGCGGCAAUAGAACGAGGGCAGCUGACGCAACGAGCUGCAGCUGAACGUUACAACAUUCCAAGACGAACUCUCCGAAACCAUGUAAAAUCAAAAAGUAUUAUUAAGCGCUUAGGUCGUAGGUCUAUACUAACAAUAGACCAAGAAAAAGAUCUUGUACAACGCAUUAUACGAUUUGCUAACAUUGGUGUACCUGUCACUCCAAAAGUCAUACGGAGACAAGCAUUUUUAUUUUGCGAGAAUUAUGAUAUUAAGCAUAAUUUUAAUAAAGACUCUGGCAUUGCGGGCAAAGACUGGCUUAAAAUGUUUUUGAAAAGGAACCCAGAAAUUUCCAAAAGAAAAGCCCAGUUUAUGAAUCCAGGCAGAGCACAAAAAUUAAACCGUCCUAUUGUUGCUCAACAUUUCCAAGAAGUGAAAGACCUAUAUGAGGAAUUAGACAUUCUACAGAACCCGCAACGCCUCUAUAAUAUGGAUGAAAAGGGGUGUAGACUCACUAUUCAUCAUCAACAAACUGUUUUGGCGCAAAAAGGAGCUCGUCGAGUCCAUUUGAUUGCACCUGAGCACGCCGAAAAUGUUACCAUAGCAAUGUGUGUUAAUGCUGUUGGUACCGCUAUCCCACCAAUGAUCAUCUUUAAAGGCCAAAGACAAAAAUCAGAAUAUAGUGAUAACUUACCAGCUGGAUCUCUCGUAAAGAUGGCUCCAAAAGGAAGUAUGACCACGGAGUUAUUUAUAGAAUUCAUCAAGCAUUUGGGGAAGUAUAAAACGCAGGGGAAAGUCUUGUUAAUAUUUGAUGGAGCGUCCUCGCACCUGGAUUAUACAAUUGUUGAAGAAGCAGAUAAGCAUGAUAUUGUGCUUUAUUGUUUGCCUAGUAACACAACCCAUGAACUUCAACCCCUCGAUAAAUCCGUUAAUAAGUCUUUUGAGCAUCACUGGGAUCAAGAAGCUAUGACAUACAUGUAUCAAAAUCCUGACAGACGCUUGACGAAAUCGAACUUCAACAAAAUAUUCUCAAAAACUUGGUCAAGGGCAUUGAUUCAUGAAAAUAUAAUAAAUGGAUUCCGAGCUACUGGAUUGUUUCCAUUUAACCCUGAUGUAUUACCAGAUGAAGCAUUUGCACCAGCGAUCUUGACCGAACAUCCUCCUCCACAAACUUCAACUAUUAUUGAGGCGAACGUAGAGUACCCUGAAGUAACGUCACGUUAUGACACUGUUUCACCAUCAAUACUUAACAACGAAGAAUGUACUAUUGCUGACAUUGUUACCCCAGAAAAGCAAAUUGCUGUAAAGGCUUUAACUGAUAUUGCUACAUCAACCUUUCCCGUAAAAGUACCACAAAGCAAAAAUACAAAUUGCAAUGCUUCAACUCUAUCGCCAAAACCAUCAACAUCUGGUAUUAUGACAAAACGUCCUCUUAUUCUAAGUUCAGACUCAGAGACUGAUAUUGAGCCUGACGCUGUACAGAAGAUGUUGAGUAGAAAUGAUCACUCCAGAAUCAAUAUAUAUACCUACGAAGAAGACUCAGACGAUGAUACUCAGCUAGCCAGUCUUAAAACAAAGGAAACUAAAUCCCCGUUUCAAGAACUUAUGCCAACUCCAAACUAUGCUGUAAUCAAAGAGAAACCAAGAAGAAAAGCCAUCAAUUAUAGGGGUCAACGGAUCACUAGGGACCUUUUUAAGAAACGAGAAGAGCUAAAAGAAAAUAAGAUGAUAAAGGUGAAAAAAUCAAAAAAAGCCAAUCAAAAAACUAAAGAUCGUAAGAAUAAGCCUGGAAAAGAUAGCAGUAAGGUUAAGAAGUCAAAAAUAAUUGAAUCUGAAUGGUUCUGCCAUGCUUGCAAAGAAGGACGUGUUUCGGACAUGCGACAAUGUGUCCAAUGUUUUAAAUGGUACCAUGAAGAGUGUGUCGGACUGUCAACCGACGAUAAAGAUAUGUUUUAUUGCUGUGACUGUGAUUAAACAAGAUACUUAACUAUAUCUUACCGUCUCAGUAUAAAUAAUUUGUUUGUUAAUCGUUUUUAUUUUUAUUUUGCUUGUAGAAAAUUUUUUUUUUUUGUUUGU